UCAACCCCCCGGCCCGGCCGAGGAAGAUGUUUGCUACUUAGUGCUGCUUAGUGCUCUCCGGCAGAGGACCGCGCCGGCGAGCAGCCAGGCCAGACAUACCAGACAGACUAGCCAGGGAUGAGAUGAAUACAUAUCAUCAUCGUGCUAGGGAUAUCAACGACCGAGAAUUGAGUCCAGGGAUGGACGGGAGGAACGGUCUGAGUGGUCCUUCCUCCACUGGUGUUGGUGGGGCUUCUUCAAAGUCCAUCAUCCCAGCUCCAUCCAUGUCUUUCACGUCUCCUCCUACUCCUGGCCGCCCAACAACAUGUCAAAAAGAACGACCCAAACCAACCCCGGCCACUCCAAAAAAGAAAUCAUCCGCACAUCCGCACAUCCGGGGCGUUAAAUCGUGCCCCGGGCUCUGCCCUGCGGCGUCGCAGGCGGCGUUACAAGCGGAGCGCAAACGGCCGACCAAAACCCAAUCGCCGGUGCAGCUCCAACACACCCACUCGACAAUCGCCAAAUGCGCCCCAUCUCGCCUCACGUCCAACAGGUCGGUUGGUCCACAUCCACAUCCUCAAGCGAGAGAGAGAGGAAACAAGACCUGCCUGAUCUGCCUGUCUCAGCCCCCCCGAAACACAACCAACAACCACGUCCAGAAACAUGCCCCCCGUCUCUCCUCCCUCGUCUCUCCCAUGUCCCGUGUCCUAUUCGCCCCAUGCCCCCGUUUGCCCACUUGCCCAUGUCCCCAUUUUCGCCAUUUCCGUCUUGAGAGGGAGGCAGCACGGCGUUGCUGCAUUGCCCUGCGUCCGCAUUGCACCGCAAUCCACCUUGUUUGUUAUUGCCGACCUGCCAGCUUGCACACUUGUCCACUCGCCCGCAGUCCGUCCUUAUUAGGUAUAUGAUGCUUGUCCCGGCUCCUCUUGAACCUUAUAGAGCCCUCGUCGCUCUCGCAUUAGAUCAUCGAGAUCGCCGCACCCCUCCCCCUUUCUCUAUUAUAAUACCGUCUUCUGCCGUCUUGUCACCUGGCGUCUUGUCG